CCAGCCCGCUUCUGUUCUCAGGGGGGACAAACAACACCAACACCGGCACCGGGGGAGGAGGAGGUGGAGGUGGUGGGGGAGGAGGAGGAUGUGGCGAUGUGAUCUCCUUCCACAUCCAGAUCGGUCUGAGCCGGGAGCCGGUGCUGCUGGACGCCGCAGAGCUCAGCCUCAGUCAGGUCCGGGAGGUGGCGUGCUCCAUCGUGGACCAGAAGAUACCAGAGUGUGUUUUCUAUGGGAUGUAUGAGAAGAUCCUGCUGUUUCGUCAUGACCAGACAUCAGAGAACGUUCUGCAGCUGCUGCGCUCGGCCUCGCAGAUCCAGGAGGGGGACCUGGUGGAGGCCGUACUGUCAGCUUCAGCCACAGUGGAGGACUUCCAGAUCCGUCCACACUGCCUGUUUGUUCACUCGUACAGAGCUCCGGCCUUUUGUGACCACUGUGGGGAGAUGCUGUGGGGACUCGUACGACAGGGACUCAAAUGUGAAGGUUGUGGUCUGAACUAUCACAAGCGUUGUGCCUUUAAGAUCCCCAAUAACUGCAGCGGAGUGAGACGGCGUCGCUCAUCCAAUGUUUCCCUAACAGGGGGGCUGGCAAACCUUGGUCGCCCCCUCUCUGCUGAGCCCUCGCCGCCCCUCUACACCGAUGAUGCUUUACUGUCUCCAGUCAGUCCCAGCAUGGAGCAGAAGAACCAAUUAGAUUACUUCCCCAGCCGAGAGCGUCGCUCCAGCUCUCAGUCGUACGGUGGCCGUCCCAUCGAACUAGACAAGAUCUUACUGUUGAAGGUUAAAGUUCCUCACACCUUCCUCAUCCAUUCGUACACCCGACCCACCGUCUGCCAACACUGCAAGAAGCUGCUUAAAGGCUUAUUCAGACAGGGCCUUCAGUGUAAAGAUUGUAAAUUUAACUGUCAUAAGCGAUGUUCUCCUAAAGUGCCAAACAACUGCCUGGGAGAGGUUUCCAAAAAUGGAGACCUCCUGAGCCCCGGGUUGGAGUCAGACGUCGCCAUGGUGGAGGGUUGCCUUGACGACCACGAUCUCGACAGAGGUGGCGGCCUGCUAGACGACAUGGACGAAGCGUUGGCGUCAGAGUCGGGUCUCCUGCUGGAGGCGGGGCCUAGCGACCUCUGUGACCUGCAUGACCCCGACCUGGAUGAGUGCAACCGGGCCAUCAGUCCGUCCACCAGUAACAACAUCCCUCUGAUGCGAGUCGUUCAGUCCGUCAAAAACACGAAAAGGAAGACGAGCAACGUGAUGAAGGAGGGCUGGAUGGUCCACUACACGAGCAAGGACACCCUGAGGAAAAGACAUUACUGGCGGCUUGACAGUAAAUGCAUCACGCUGUUUCAGAACGACACAGGAAGUAAAUACUACAAGGAGAUCCCUCUGUCAGAGAUCUUAUCUCUGGAACCGGCCCAGACCUUCGCUCUUCUUCCUGAUGGAGCCAAUCUUCACUGCUUUGAGAUCACCACUACAUCACUGGUUUACUACGUCGGAGAGCAGAGAACUGAAUCAUCUUUGACCGGCAGCAGCAUUCUGGUCAGCGGGAUCGGACAGGAUGUGUCUCGGAUGUGGGAGAUGGCCAUCCAGCACGCUUUGAUGCCAGCCGUCUCUACAGGAAUUUCCCACAGCUCUCACCGCAGCGGACACAAGGAAAUUUCGAUCAGUAUUUCAGUCUCCAACUGCCAAAUCCAGGAGAAUGUGGAUAUCAACUCUGUGUAUCAGAUUUUCCCUGAUGAGGUUCUUGGCUCAGGACAGUUUGGCAUUGUCUAUGGAGGUAAACACAGAAAGUCCGGCCGAGACGUCGCCAUCAAGAUCAUCGACAAACUCCGCUUCCCCACGAAACAGGAGAGUCAGCUGCGCAACGAAGUGGCUAUCCUGCAGAGUUUGCACCACCCGGGCGUGGUCAACCUGGACUGCAUGUUUGAGACACCUGAGAGAGUGUUCGUCGUCAUGGAGAAGCUCCACGGAGACAUGCUGGAGAUGAUCCUGUCCAGUGAGAAAGGUCGACUGCCUGAGAGGAUCACCAAGUUCAUGGUCACACAGAUCCUGGUUGCUUUGCGUCACCUCCACUUCAAGAACAUUGUCCACUGUGAUCUGAAACCUGAAAACGUCCUGCUGGCUUCUGCAGAUGCAUUUCCACAGGUGAAGCUGUGUGACUUUGGCUUUGCACGUAUUAUCGGUGAGAAGUCAUUCAGGCGUUCGGUGGUCGGCACGCCGGCGUAUCUCGCUCCCGAGGUCCUGAGGAACAAAGGCUACAACCGUUCUCUGGACAUGUGGUCGGUCGGAGUCAUCAUCUACGUCAGUCUCAGUGGGACAUUCCCUUUCAAUGAAGAUGAAGAUAUCAACGAUCAGAUCCAGAAUGCUGCCUUCAUGUACCCUCCUCAUCCCUGGAAGAAAGUUUCACAGGAAGCGAUUGACCUGAUCAACAACCUGCUGCAAGUCAAGAUGAGGAAGAGAUACAGUGUCGACAAAACCCUCAGUCACCCCUGGUUACAGGACUACCAGAUGUGGCUGGACCUGAGGAACCUGGAGUCCCGGAUGAACGAGCGCUACAUCACCCACGAGAGCGACGACCUGCGCUGGCAUCACCACGCCCAGCUCAGCGGCCUCGACUACCCUGUGCACCUUGUCAACGGUCCCCGCAGUCAGCUGGUGGAGCGUUACCAGGAGCACGAGGAGGAGCUGGAGACCCUCAGUGAGAGGGUCAGUGAACUCUGAGGACGGGGCUCCGACAUGAGACAAGAAACAGCAACAAAAGGAAAGAAGAGAAAAGCACAAAAUUCAAACAACUGAGGAGGUAUUUUAAAGAUCAGUCCAAACUUUUAAUAAAAUAACACAAAUUCAAAUUUCUUUCACUGACUAAUUCAUAACCCAUUAAACCAAAUAAGGGUUGUUUACGAGGGAGAUAUUAGGGACGCACAUUGUAUUAUGACAUCUCAUAAUUAUGAGAUAAAUAUCUUCUUUUGACAUUUUCUUUUGAUUAUUUUAUCUUGUACUUACAAUAUCUCUGUUUUGUAUCGUAAAGUAAGAAACUCCUACGUCACUUGUUUCUUGAUUACGAGAUCCUUCUUUUUGUGAGAAUGAAGUAAAGAUGUCUUAAUAGAAAUGAAGGAUGUCCCUGUUAGACAAGCUAAGGAGAGCAAUCGAUCAAACUAUCAUGCCUCGUAAUAACUAAAGAUUACAAUGUCCAUAAUAUCAUUUAGAGGAUCUUUACCUUGUAAUUACAGAAAAAGGAUCCAUAACUUCUAGAUUUGGGUCUUUCGAGUCAGUACACAGAUCUCCUAUGAAAGGCUGAGUCAUAAUUACAAAAUAAAAUACAUAAUUCUUUUUUGGGGAUUGCAAUGCACCAUAUUUUUCCGCCUUGACCAACUGAUCAGAAAGCCUCAAAUCUGCACAUCUUCUUUCAGACAAUCAGAACAAAGAUGAAGCAGCUUUUAUUUACAUUCAGUAAACAGUUUGUGCCUCUCAAUGAAUCAUCACUUUUCUAUAUACAAGACCUUGCACUGAUGAUUAUGGUCAAGUUAUGGAAACAAGCUUUAAAUUAAGUAAAUCAAUAUAGAAGACUUUUGUUAAGUUUAGCUCGGCCUCUAUACAUUUUACUAGAAAAAGAAAAUUGGCGUCAGCGUUUAUCUCGAGUCCUGACAAAAAAGUUUUUUUUGCGUGUAAUGAAUAUUUUUUAAAGCUAUAAAUGUCUUUUCUUUAUAAAACUUUAACUCCACCAUGACAGUUAACAAAUGUAGUUCCUGACGUUUUCCUUUAUUAUUGCGUUACUCACAAAGAAACUGAUUGCAUCAAUGAACAAUUCACUAUGCUGAUGAUGGUGUACUCUAUGUGUCACGUCCCUUUUUAGUUUUGGAUAUUUAAUUUGAAGCAUUUUGGAAUAAAAUCCUCAAUCGUGCAAAAAAGACAAAACCGCGCAAGACGUCAAUAUUUUAGUUUGUCAGUAUUUGUCUGGGUCUAUUUGUCCAAACGCUGUAUCAACCGUUGUCCAACACUGAAAUGUUUAGGUGUGUUUUGCAUCACCAGGGUUUAUUUUUUAUUUUAUUCUUUCAAUUUAUUUUAAGGCUGUCUUGACCACAGGGAGGCGACAGUAGCAGAGCUCCCCCUCCUCAUCAGUGGGUGUUGCCAACUGUGACUUAACAACAAAAAGUAUUUUUAAACAGUUAUUUACAUCAAUUGAAAUAAAUAAAAAGUGGAAAACUUCAAAAGA